CCAGCCUCCCGUACACAACGUUUUUUCCUCUGUGCAGAGGUGUGCCUCAUUUUACCAAUCAAAAUCGAGGGUGUGCUCGCGGCUACCAAUCAAUGCAAUAGUGUGAGCGAGACAACGUGUACGUUUACCGCCGUUUUCUUCUCGGUACUGAUAAUAACUCAGAGGCGAUAUAGCAAAACGUGCAACAGCGCCGCCGAAAAAUUCUUCAAAGGAAAAGGAAGCCAACUCACCAUGACGAUGCCGGUAAUCAUGGUCCACGGAGGGGCUUGGACGAUCCCAGAAAAGCUUGUGGAAGCGUCAAGAGCCGGGACACAUGCUGCGGCGCGCGCCGGAUAUGCCGUCCUUAUGCGUGGAGGCAGCGCCAUCGAUGCUGUCCCUGCAUCCAUACUAGUGCUUGAAAAUGACCCCACUUUUGAUGCAGGCACUGGUUCUGUGCUGACGAGAAAUGGCGAGGUUGAGAUGGACUCCGUCAUCAUGGACGGCAAGACGCUUGCUACCGGUGCCGUCGCCUGCGUCCAUAACAUAAAGAACCCCAUCGAUCUAGCGCGCCGUCAUGGAGAAGUCCCAGACCCCGACGCGUGUGAACGUGAUUGCGUUUACGCUCCCGGCCUCGAUCUAGUGAUUGUAAUUGUGGCCACGCUCCCUGUCCAGAAGCGUGUGGUUGUGAUAAAGAACCCGGACCUGUCGCGUGUGACUACUCCGCAUAUCCUGUUGGUGAGCAAAGGGGCGAACCAGUUCGCAGACGAAGUCGGGAUCAAGCGCGUCACCACGGAGUCAUUGGUGUCCGAGGAGGCCCGUCGGGAGUUUGAGGAUUACCAUGCCAACUACGGAAGUGCCGUACAAGACCUCUUCUGUCAUCGGGGCACCCAUCAUCACGAAACAGUGGGGGCGGUGGCACUGGACGCUGACGGCAACCUGGCGUACGCAACCUCCACCGGGGGGAUCUCGUGCAAGAGACCCGGCAGGGUUGGGGACAGUCCCAUUAUAGGCGCCGGCGGAUACGCCGACAAUGACGUGGGCACCGUGUCGUGCACGGGUCACGGCGAGUCCAUCUCCAAGGUAGUGCUGGCACACCUGAUCGUCUCCGACAUGCGGAACGGUAAAGCCCCACAAGAAGCCGCAGACAAGGCUCUCGAAAAAAUGGCCGCCCGCGUCAACGGUUACGGUGGAGUUAUCGUCCUUAGCAACAGCGGAGAACCAGUGACGUCAUUUACAACUGAGAGUAUGUCGUGGGCGUGGAUUAAAGACGGCGUCUUACACAGCGGUAUUAACCCUGACGAGGAUAUAACAGAGGAUGUGUAAUCUUGUAAUUGGAACGGUUGUAAUUGAAGCAUUUAAUGGUGUGACGUUUUUUUAUGUUUGGCGGAGUUUAACGUUUGCAUCUUUUGAUUCAUUUACAGAGAGUGAAUCGAGCCAAAUAGUUAUCAACAAAACCAGUAUUGCAUCUCACUGCGAUACAUUGUAUGAUAUAUAGAGAAUAACAGGUUACUGUCUGAUCUUGUUGUAAUAUAUCAGGCAAGGCUUAGAAUAACAUAACGACGAGGCUUGCCGAGCCGUUAUUUUAUUCGUGCCGAGCCUGAUAUAAUACAAAAUGAUCAGGCAGUAACCUGUUUUUCUGUUGAUCAUACCUGUACGUCCCCGAUUUUAAAGAAAUAAUGAAAUAUCGCUAAAAAGCUGCAGUUUAAGCGGGAAAGAAUAUGACUUUUGUUGUUUGACGUGUUAAUAAUGACAUCAUGAUCACUUGCGCUCAAUAUUUGUAAAAAAUGUAUUUUGCUGUUUGUGUAGCAUUUUGUGUUUAAAAUAUAUUACAUCUUGGUGUCAAAUUGUUUGUUUUGUUGAAUGUGAUUCGAUUUUACUAAAAAUAAUUACUUUAUAGUUGAUUCCGAGUAAUAUGACCAUCCUCCACACAUGACUGUUAUAAGAACUUUCUGUUGAGGCCAGCAUUUUUAUUUUAUUUGUUUUACGGGAAAUUUUUCAAAGAAAUUGAGUCGGGGGGAUAAAUAAAAAUAAAAAUAAAAUCAUGAAAAGUAAGCAGUCUACCAAAAAAUAAAAAUAAAACUGUCUUAACUGAUUAUUUAUUUUAUUUUUGAAAAUUUAAAAUUAAGCCAAUUUAACCUUAUGUAUACUUGCAUUAACCUUUAUGUGUUUUAUAUAUCUUAUUACACUGUUGUAGAAGCUUUUUAUAAUAAUAGUAAACACAUUUUUAUAUAUAUUUAUAUGUAAAAGCACCUUUCGCAUGUAUUAUACUAUAUUGCUUCAAUAGAGACCAUUAACCACGCCAGGUGUGUAGUGUAUUAUAGUGAUCGUUAAACUUUUGUUGAGUGUUAAUCAUAUGAUGUUUAUAACAAAUAUAGCAUGCAUUUGACUUAAAUAAAAAAGAAUUGAACACUUUUUAAA